AUGGCAGGUGGAGGUGUUGUGGCUCAUGGAGAGGUCAAGGACUAUAAGGGAAAGAUCACAGUUUUUGUACUAGUCUCUUGUAUGAUUGCUGCCACUGGUGGUCUCAUUUUUGGUUAUGAUCUUGGUGUUUCUGGAGGGGUGACAUCAAUGGAUGUAUUCUUGGAAGACUUCUUUCCAGCAGUGUAUCACAGGAUGGAAAAAAGCAAAGAUGAUAACCAGUAUUGUAAAUUUGACUCUCAAUUGCUUACAAGUUUUACAUCCUCCCUCUACAUUGCUGGUCUCCUUGCUAGUUUUGGUGCCUCUUAUGUUACUCGUAAUAAAGGCCGCAAAAUUUCCAUUCUCGUCGGCGGCCUCACCUUCCUCGUCGGCACCGUCAUCAACGCCGCAGCUACCAAUGUCUUCAUGCUCCUUCUCGGUCGUAUUCUUCUCGGUGUCGGUGUUGGCUUUGCUAAUCAGGCUGUGCCAGUGUAUUUGUCUGAAAUGGCACCACCAAAACUUAGAGGAGCUCUAAACAUUGGCUUCCAACUUUGCACCACAAUUGGCAUUCUUGCUGCCAACCUCAUCAACUAUGGUACUAGCAAAAUAAAGGGCCGCUCUGGCUGGAGAGUUUCCAUUGCCUUGGCAGUUAUCCCUGCUGCCAUCAUCACUAUCGGUGCGAUAAUCCUUCCCGAUACUCCCAACUCUCUCAUUUCCCGUGGCCACACCGAUGAAGCUCGUCGCAUGCUUGAAAAGAUUCGUGGAACUACUGAAGUUGAAGAAGAACUACAAGAUUUAGUCGAGGCUAGUGAAACCGUGAUGGCAAUCGAAAACCCAUGGAAAAACAUCUUGCAACCUCAUUACCGGCCUCAACUCAUGGUAGCCAUCUUUAUUCCAAUGUUUCAGCAACUCACCGGUAUCAAUGUCAUCAUGUUCUACGCACCAGUUCUUUUCAAGACUCUCGGGUUCGGUGACGAAGCUUCUCUUAUGUCGGCCGUGAUCACCGGGACAGUCAAUCUACUUGCCACGAUUGUUUCUAUUAUCGCGGUUGAUAAAUUCGGCCGGAAGUUUUUAUUCCUUGAGGGUGGCAUUCAAAUGCUCAUCAGUCAGGUGAUAAUUGGAGUGAUGUUAGGGAAUGCAUUUGGAUUGAGUGGUGUAGGACAAAUGUCUAAGAGUUCGGCAAAUACACUCCUCUUCUUAAUUUGUGUCUAUGUCGCGGCUUUCGCAUGGUCUUGGGGGCCAUUGGGAUGGUUAGUUCCAAGUGAAGUGUUCCCUUUAGAGAUUAGAUCGGCCGGGCAAUCGAUCACCGUCUCGGUUAACUUUCUUUGGACAUUCAUCGUUGCGCAACUUUUCCUUUUUGCAUUGUGUCAUCUCAAGUUUGGGCUCUUUUUUUUCUUUGCAUCAUUUGUGGUGUUGAUGACACUUUAUGUGUUCUUCUUUUUGCCGGAGACCAAGAAUGUGCCAAUAGAAGAAAUGCAUUUAGCUUGGAAGAAGCACUGGUUUUGGAGGAAGUAUCUACCUGAUGAUCAAGAUGUUGGUUAUAGUAUGAGAUCCAUGGCUUGA